UCUCUAGCUACAGUCGGAAAACGGGCGCCAGUAGCGGAAGAAGCGAUGUGUGUUCGCACUAGAUAUACGCGAUUAGAACGUCGACGGCCAUGAUAUUCGUGUUGUUCCGUGCAGAAAGUUAGGAGUGACCCGCUUGACCGGAAGGAUGGACAUCAGACCAUGGGAGCUGUGGUCUGUUAUCAUUGUUUUCAUCCUCUCCUCUGUGAAAGGUGAGAUCCGGUGCUACUGCAACCAGGCCCACUGUGUGUCCACGGGGUACAUGUGCAAGUCGAGGUCUGUCUGCUUCAGUGACCUUGACAGUGGGCUGCACGGAUGUUUGGAGAAACGAAAAUGCCUGGGACUUCACUGCUGCAAAGAGGACAUGUGCAACUACAUCCAUGUGGAUAUACACAUGCACACACAUAAAGCACCCAUGGCAGAUGCAUUUGGAGAUGGUUCACCUGAUGGUUCCGAUCGGAUUGCGCUCAUGGAAUCCGCAUUCCGUAGGGAAAUCUGGUUCAGGGCCGCCGUGAUCGCCACACCUAUAGCCGGAUUCUGUAUUUUGACUCUCUUAGUGAUCGCUGCCGCCAGAAUGUUGCGCCAAGAUGCGGAGAGGCAGCGGAGACUCCUAGAACUGCGGAGAGUCUAUGGUCACUCUCUGAAGGAUACAUUGCUCCCUUGGAGCAAGGAUAAAAACACAACUAUUGUCUAGUCCUGGAUAGAAAGAACAUUUACCACUCUUUCCACUCCAACAUACGACACGCUAAGAGCUUUCAUUGCAUGUUUCAGGGGCAGUGUGGCCCCUAAGUGUUUAGAAAAGUGGUGGCUACUCUACGCACAUACCAUCACAAUGGUUUCCCAGAAUUUUAAAUUGUGAUGGUCAAGGCUUAUCUUUUAUUGCUGUAAAUUCAGCCAAGAACUCUAAGAAGUAACUUCUGGAAAGUGUCCUCAGUGGUUGCUUGCAGCUUGGGGAAUGGAUCAUUUUCUUUUUCAAUUUUUGGUCAAGAAGCUUGAAAAGUAAUUAUUGGAGAUGGUCUUCAACAUUUACAUCUUAAAUAUAUUACUUUAUAUUUCACGGCAGGCUAAGAUCCUAAUUAGGUAACUUUGAAAACAGUUAUCAAUGAGUUGUUAUUUCAUGUUUUAUAAAAGGCCAAAAUAUAGAAACAUCAAGUUAUUUACAGCCUGAAUCAUCAGUUGCCAUCGAAUUUCAGGCCGAAAGCUCAAAAAGUUUAUUUUUGGAAAAAAUCAUCAAGUUAAGCUGGAAUGGUUUAUUUCUGCCGACCUUCAGGCCAAAAGCUCUUAAAGAUAUAACUCUUGGAAAGAAUCAUCAAGUAACAGCUUGAAUGAUCAAAAUCUACCUACUUCAAGACCAAAAGCUCAAAAAAUAAUUUUUGAAAAUAAUUGCUUACUGUCUCCUCGUGGAUGUAACUUCAGAUUAAGAGCUCAAAAAAUAACUGAAGUCAAUCAUCAACAAUGGCGUCUUGGAGACUUGUGGUGACCAGUGUGGCAAUAUGCAUAUGACACAGACAGAUCAAUGAAUUUAUAGUUCCAGAUUUCGUUAGUGAUUUCAUUUAUUGUGCUGUAGUAAAAUUUGUUUCGAUAUAUGUUUUAAGUGAGAUAUCUUUUUUUGUACAUAAUUUCUGUUCCAUUGAAAGAUGUAUACUUAAUGAAUUGUGUUACAGCAUCAAACUUCAAAGGACAAAGAAUGUCCGAAUUGUGUUUUAGUUCGUUUGUCUGGAAGAAAAGUGUACAGCGCAGAUUUUUUAUAGAUAUAAAUUAUUUUAUUAACAUGGAUUUUUUUGGAAAUGCUUACAAAAAAUCUUUUCAUACAGACUUAUGAUUAUGUAUUUUAAAGUGAGUGCAUUUGUACGUCUCUACCUAUUGAUAAUUUUCUGAAUCUUUUACAAAGAAUUGUUUUUAAUGUUUGAUAGGUGCUGUUAUCAACCGAGAAGCUCAUAUGUAAAGAAUUUAUCUCUUGAUCUCAUGCAUUUCAGGGUGCCUAUAUUGUUUCGCUUUCAAAUCUCAAACUAAAAAAUAGUGUAAUUAUUUUUAUACAUGGAUGAUAGUUAAUUGAUAAAAAAAAAUAUUUUGUAAUGUCAUAUAUUUCUGGAUGGAUUUCAUACUAACAAUACAAAUUUUGUUCUCUGGAUCAAACUUCUUUGUAAUAUUGAAAUUUUUAUCAAUGCAUUUUGAAUUGAAAUGAAGUUUAGAGAUGGUUUAUAUUCUUGUAUCAACAUCAAGCCUCUAACAGAAGAAUCAGUGUUUAUAUGUCGUAAAAAGAAAAGACUUGUUGAACUUCUGAACAUGAGGGUGUUUAUAUAUUGACACAAAGUAUUUUCGUGAUAUUAAAAAUAUUUAUUAUUGAA